CAUAACGUUUCUUAGAAAGCUUUGAAAGGCAGCAGAUCUUAUAACAAUUUAUUAUGAUUUUAUCAAACGGAUAGACCGUUCCAGUUCUUGAUUACGAUUGGUUAAGCCGCGUUGUUGCAUCUGUGUUGCCUGGCAACCACUUUGUUGAGUUUCUGAAGAACUAACGUACAUUGUUUGGCGAAGGAAUAAUAUUUUUAUUACUGUUUUUUAUUUCACAAAAGCUUGACAGACUGAGCAGCUGAAAUGUGGCUUUUGUUUGUGCGGUGAUUUGCGUCCCAUCUCCAAGACGAUGCCGGAGAUGAACCCGGAGAUCACUUCAGGCCUCGUGUCUUCUGUACGUGAGAUGCUGAGACUCGAGUCAUGAAUCAUCCAUGAUGAGCACUGAAUAACUGUUCGGCCUAUCAAUGAACAUGUUAUUGAGCUGGACAUUUUAACAGAAUAAAGAUGUCGCCGCUGGUGCUGGGAGUCGGAGCGUGCUUGGCUGGGUGGAUUGCUCUUUAUGUUUUGCUGUGUUACACAAAUGGCUCUUGUAGCUACGAAUGGAACUGUCGACUUGUUACAUUGUUACACGGCAUUCUUGCUGUGUGCAUAACUGCGUAUAUCGGAUACAUAGAUGGACCGUGGCCUUUCACAUACCCAGGUACAAAGAACACCCCUCUGCAGAUCACCGCUAUGGUGGUCAGUCUGGGUUACUUUAUCUUUGACAUGGCCUGGUGUGUGUACUUCCGCACCGAGGGUCUGGUGAUGCUCGCCCAUCACACCAUGACCAUCCUGGGUAUUCUGCUAACGCUGUGGCUGGGGGAGUCGGGGAUCGAGGGUUGUGCCGUGCUGUUUGGCAGCGAGAUCACAAACCCUCUCCUCCAGACUCGCUGGUUCUUGAAACAUUCUGGCCGUUACGACAGCUUCCUUGGAGACCUAGUAGACGUGCUGUUUGUGCUGCUGUUCGUGUUCAUGCGGAUUUUUGUAGGAGGCACCAUGCUGUACUGUGAGCUCAUCUCACCCAGACCCAAGUUCAUCAUUAAAUGUGGUGGCGUGGCCAUGUACGCUCUGUCAUGGGUGUUUAUGGCUGACAUUGCCCGUUUUGCAUACCGCAAAUCCCAAGUCAAAUAUCAGCGCUGGAUGAAUGGCCACAGGAUGGAUGUCAAUGGGCAAGAUGUGAAGAGAGAUUAAAAAGUUCUCAUAUCAGCGUAUUGGUCUUUGUUUCGAACACUAAAGAAUAGAAUUUGAAUCAGAACAGGUGUAUUAGCUAAUACAGCUUUGGACCUAAUUGAUGUUUGCAGAUUUUAUAAUAGAGAAAUCAGCCAGAUAUAGUUGUUAUACACUUUCAGUAUACACGUGGGACUUCUUAUUUAGAUGUCUGUUAUAAGCCAUUGUGAUUAACUCAAAAAUACAAACUCUUAUAUAUAUUUGUACUCAUAAGAAUUAUGUGUUUUAACUUCCUAGUUCUGGAAAUGUUUGAUAUUUUUGUAAUUGGUAACAUUUAUCAGAAAUCAAUUUUAAUCAUUGGUUAUUCUUGUAUGUUCUCUUUAAAUAAACUUUUAGUAUUGUGCA